AUGGAGAAUCCGCAAGAUGAAUCCGUCACCCCAGAGUGGUCGCCCGCUACCGACAACAUGAGCCUCCAGCCAGUGCACGCUUCUGCAUGGGCUGACGAUCCCUUCAUCAACGAGAUAAUCCAAGAGCCGCACUGCGGUCCAUGGAUCCCGCUCGUCGGCCAGCGGCAGCCUCGUACCCCCGCCCAAAGUUCAUGGAACCCCUUCUUGGACUAUAGGGACAUGCCUAUUCUGUCAGAGGAUGGGACAGCUUUUGAAUCGACUCCGGGGGAUGCUCGCUUUCAGUAUCUCGACGACAUUGCUUCCCUGGCUGGCCCUGGCCCCGAAGCAGUCGGUGCGGCACAGAUGCAGCACAUGCUCGGUGGCUUUCAGAUGGACAACACGGGUCCGCACAUGCCCUCCAUGCGCGAUAACGCAACAGAUGCCACAAGUACCUUUUCGUCGACGACAGCUGGAGCCGGCCAUCCCGCCGGCUCCCUCAAAUGCCCACAUUGCCCUAAAGUCUGCACGAACAAGUCCAAUCUCAAAAAACACGAGCAUGCCCAUUCGCGCCCUCACCGUUGCGAUUACCCCAACUGUAGCAAGUCCAAGGAGGGAUUCGGCACACCCAAUGAUUUGCAAAGACACAAACAGUCUGUCCAUCAAGAGGCCCUAUUCGUCUGGAGGUGUCCGCACUCCGACUGUACGAGGGUCUCUAAACCAAAGCAGUGGACCCGAAAAGACAACUUCCGCACUCACAUGUUCAAGGUACACCAUAUGAGGGUUUCACUCGAAGAGACAGACGCCAAAUACCGCGUCAAACUGGACCCUCUCAUCGAAAACACUGCACCUUCGAGCGAUGCCACACCAUCCGAAGUCCUGGCCUCUCCCAGCGUCGAUGCAAACCUGCCAGGUUCAAGUAGCCAGGUCGGCGAGGCACCAACGCUGAUGGACGUAGACCAAUCGCCCUAUCAGAGACAGCAACCAAUGACAACCAUGCCGGACGGUUCGUGCUUUUUCCAACAGGAUGUACAUCCACAUGCGGCUUCGCAGCAUCAACCUUUCCAAAACCUGUCGGCGCAAGCUAGCUUGAGCUUUGGCGCGGAGAGUGCGUACUCGCUGCAGGGAAACCAGCCACAAGGCUUUGGCAACUCACCAUUCACGGCGCAAACGAUGUCGAUCGCUAACAGUGACAUCUUUGUCUCGCCAAUGGCUCACAAUCAUGGCUACCAGGUCGCAGCUCAGCAGGGGCCACCAAGCCAGGGUUUCAGUAUCGUGGACGAGACUCAACCGGUGCACUCACCCCGAGCCAGCAGUGUGUUUAGCGUCAGCGCUGCCCCGGCGACUGUGUCAAGUUCCCAGGCGACUGGCCAGAAGAUAGAUGCAUCGUCUCAUGCUGCUUUGGUCAAAGCGGGCUGGACUACAUCUCAGCUCGUGGACCACCUGGGUACGUUUCCGAUAGAGCUUCUAGAACAAGCUCUCAAGUCAAAAACUCAGAGCUCUUGCAGCUCCAACGAGACGGAAAUGUCUGGCACCAAAGCCCGCCAUCAAUGCAGCCAGUGCGGCAAGGUCUGCAAACGAGCUUGUGAGCUUAAGAAGCACAUGAAGAGGCAUGACCGGCCUUAUGGCUGCACAGUAAACGGUUGCGGCAAAAGCUUUGGAAGCAAGAACGACUGGAAACGACACGAAUGCAAUCAGCAUGAAUCUAUCGAUGCCUGGGCGUGCAGUGAGGAUGGCUGCAUUGCCAUAUGUGAGAGCCGCUUUGCAUUUAUCCAGCAUCUUGGCGGAGCACAUGACAUGUUUUACGGAGAAGACCUUCACUCGAGGGUGCAGAGCUGCCGAAUCGGAAGGCCAAGUGACGCAAAGUUUUGGUGUGGUUUCUGCCGGCGGGUUGUUGAAAUUGAAGAUGUAAUGGCCCAGGAAGACGGCAACGGCACACAUCAAAGUCGACGAUUCGAUCACAUUGACAAUCACUUAUUUGGCAAGAACGGUCUCGACAAGAAGGACAAAACACAGUGGCGAUUUUUGGAGGACGAGGCAAAGGUUGACAGUCGUCGACGAAUGGAUCAAAUGAGCACCACCGCUAGCAUUAUGACGAUUAUAAUCCUCGAAAACGAGCCGACAGUCAAUGGACUGCAGGCAAUCGCUAAGGCCACAGAUGCGGCAAACCAUUGCGGAGGGACAUGGCGCGGAUGGGAUCCGCUCGCGCAGUUCAUCGACGCUGCAUGUACAAACUGA